UAGUCAGAGUUGUCCAGGCAGGGGUAUUAGCCACAUCGUAGUCUCCAUGCCUCCACUACACUUUGAAAAAGGGAUUAAUUCACCCGAGCAUCACAGACUGGCUGGUGCACGGAUCUCCACGCUGCGGUUAUCUAGCUACUGAGAGAGCGAGACUUCAGUUAACUGUCUUAUGUUGAGAGGAAACGUUUAUUGAGAUGUCAUUGGGAAAACAUGCACCCUUUUUAGAUUGAAAUUAGAGAUGAGACAUUUGCAUCUGUUAUACUUUUUAGUCACAACUUUGACAAGUUUCUGAAUGGAGAAUAAGGCCAUGUACCUGAGUACAUACGAAGAGAGGGAGAACGGAUCCAUCUAUGAGGAGGGCUACGAUGGCAGGAACCUAUCAAAGCUCAACCUGUGUGAAGAUGCUGGUUCUGCCAAGAGGAGAAGAAAGCAAGACAAUUGCUGCAGCCAGCUGAACGCCCUGUCUGCCAUCAAGUAUGCCAUCGUGUCUCUAUACAUCUUGGUACUCCUGAGUAUUUUUGGCCUCUGUUUAGCAGUGUCCAGGUCCCAGAUGUCCUCAGAGAAGCAGGAGGCACUGAUGGAGAACAUGACCCGUAUGGAGGACCGCUCUCGGGAGCUUCAGCAGUCCCUGGGUGACAUCUCCUCUCAGGCAGACCUCCUGGAGAACAUCUGGAAGCUGGAGAGCCUGUUGCAGAACCACAGCGAGUCCUUAAAGCAGCUGGGCCGGGCAGUGAGUGGCCUGGAGAGGGACAUCAGGGAUCUGCAAGGCCACUGCCAGUCGACAGACAGCACCAUGGAGCAGCUGGGGGACCGUGUCUCCGUCCUGAACCGCUCCACCCAGAGGAACGUGAGUAGGCUCAGCAACCAGCUGGUCCAGGCCUCGGUCUCACUGCACGACCACAACCUCCUGCUGAGGAGCACGGCGGACCAAGUGGACCAGCUCAAGGACAGGCUGGAGGAGGUUGGCUGGACGGUCGGCGCAGUCAACCACACGUUCACCAGCGACAUCAGCGUCCAUCACCUAAAGAUCCAGGACCUGCAGGUGCAGAUCAGCAACGCAAGCCAGGACGCAAUGUACAUGAGGGAGACACAAGUGCACAUGGAGGAGACCCUGAAGAAUGAGGUCGAGAUCCUCAGCACCAUCACAGAAGACCUGAGGCUCAAGGACUGGGAACACUCCUAUAUCCUCAAGAACAUCACCUUCUUAGAAGGGCCUCCAGGACCAAAAGGUGAGAAGGGCGAUGUGGGGCCACUUGGGGCCACUGGUGUGGCAGGCCUCACAGGGAUGAGAGGUUUUACAGGAGAAAAAGGCAUCCAGGGACCAAGGGGACUAAAGGGCCCGAGCGGCUCCGAUGGCCUACAGGGGGAGAACGGGGAUAUGGGACCCGAAGGGCCCAAAGGUGACAGAGGAGAAAGAGGACUUAAGGGCGAGAAGGGAGACCGAGGUGACCGUGGUGAAAAAACAGUGGAUGAGACACUGGUGAGACUGGUGAAUGGAUCAGGCCCUCACGAGGGGAGAGUGGAGGUGUUCCACGAGAGGCGCUGGGGAACGGUGUGUGACGACGUCUGGGACAAGAAGGACGGCGACGUGGUCUGCAGGAUGCUUGGCUACACAGGAGCCUUCGAGAUCCAUAAAACAGGCCGGUUUGGACAAGGUACUGGGCUCAUCUGGAUGGAUGAUAUGGCCUGUGUUGGGAAUGAAGACACCAUCCACCAGUGCAAGUUCUCAGGCUGGGGCAAGACCAACUGUGGGCAUGUGGAGGACGCGGGGGUGACAUGCAACACCUAACACCCACCAUUUUAACUCCCACCGAGUUCAGUUUGAAACUGCAGAGUUAAAUUGCAGAUGAAAGGCAGUGUGAGGUAGAGUAGAGGGGCUGUGUCCUGCUGUCCUACACACACUCACCGCUGUGGGCAACUGAUUUGACAGUUAUGUGCAAACAUGCUUUGACUUCAGACCCCUUUAUGGCCUCUUGGCUGACUAUUGUCCACGUAAAGUAUGUUUAACAAUAGCUGGUACUUCUUAGCUGAACUAGAUGCAGUGCCUAUAAAGGACCAACUUCAAAAAUUGUCAGUCACAAAUGUUUGUCCAAUUGUUGAUGGGUGAAGCGAUUACAAAGAAAAGAAAGGGAACUAAUGCCAUUUGAAAUAGAUGUAUGGCUCGGCCCCAGUACGAUUGAUUGGUUUGAUUUGACCAUUUCUGCCUGUGGAGCCAGCAUUGUUUUUUAUCAUCAUGAAUGAGAGUCUCUCUCUCUCUAUCUCGCUCUCUUUCAUGAUUCUCCCUUCAACUGGCUAAUUUUGAUUAUGUUAGAGCGCAGCCAAAAAUGCCACUAUCUUCAUCGUCAAUUGCAGGGGCGGUUUGGAGACUGUUUGUUUUAUGUAUGGAAACCAGGACUAAUUACAGUAAGACAAAUUACAGCCUAAGAUUUAUUUUUAUAUUUUAUUAAAUAGUAAAACAUGCACAAUGAAUUGAGGUUUAUCACAGGAAAAGAAACAAGAAAGAUGGAUUAUUGUGUGAAAUAAACUAAAAUAACCGCUGAUGUAAUACACUUUCAAAUGUAAAUCAAGUGUUGCCAUGAUAUGAUGGCUGUAAGAAAGUCUGAGCAUGAUAUCUUUUAUCAUAGAUUUAUGUAGAUGAUCCUAGACAAAUAUUGCUUUAGGAUAAGCAAAGAUAUGUGCUGAGAUCCCGAGGACUAGGUUUGAUACAGUCUGAGACACAUGAAUCUGGACUGUCUCUCAGUAUUUCAUUUGGAGCAUUGAAGCAGCUCCCCUUUAGACAUGGUCCUCAAUUUCUUCCACUGAGGUUCAUGCUCAGACAAGUGCUAUAGAGGUGUAAUAAGAGUGCUAUAGAGUAGUGGAGGUUGGUGAGAGGAGCUAUAGGAGGAUGGGCCCAUUGUAAUGGUUGGAAUGGAAUAAAUGGAACGGUAUCAAAGACAUCAAACA